GUCAUUCUUGCCCACUUCAUAGCGGCGUGACCUUGUGCAACGCGUGAUAUUAUGAACGAACCUAUUCAUCGUAACCUUUAAUAGUUGUUUAUUUGAAAUGAUGGUGACGAUAACAUAAACUAUCAAUUUCUAACAUAGUCAAUAGUCAUAACUUGCAAGCUAUGCUUUCUCUAUUCAAAUCCGCUCUUGUCGGAUUGGCCAACACUGGUAGAUCCACGGGGCUCCAAGGUGUCCUGCAGAGUCAUCGGAAGGUCCUGUCUGCUGGGAUGAAGACAUACGAGGUGCCUCCAGACUACAGCGAGGUUGUGCUACCUGAAAGACCCAAGCUGAAGUUUCUGAACAAGGUGCCCAACUUUAAGAAGGCGAGGAAGGAGAUGAAGAAGCUCAGAGACAUCCAGGGACCAGCCCAGACAGCCAACACCUUCACCAAGGGACAGUACGGCAUCGUGGCGCUGGGCGGCGGCUACCUCCACUUUGGUCACAUGGAGAUGAUGCGUCUGACCAUCAACAGGAGGAUGGACCCUCGCACCACCUUCGCCCGCUGGCGUAUUAACGCCCCCUACAAGCCCAUCACCAGGAAGGGCCUGGGCCAGAGGAUGGGCGGGGGCAAAGGCAACAUCGACCACUACGUCACACCGGUGAAGUACGGGCGGAUGAUUGUGGAGGUUGGGGGACGGCUGGAACUGGGCGAGGUGGAGCCUAUCCUCAAGGAAGUGGCCAAGAAACUGCCCUUCCCUGCCAAGGUAGUGUCCAGAGAGAGCCUGGCAGCCAUGCAGCAGGAACACUAUACCUGACCUCUGACCCCUCUCUCCACCAGGUAGUGUCCAGAGAGAGCCUGGCAGCCAUGCAGCAGGAACACUAUACCUGACCUCUAACCUCUGACCCCUCUCUCCACCAGGUAGUGUCCAGAGAGAGCCUGGCAGCCAUGCAGCAGGAACACACUAUACCUGACCUCUAACCUCUGACCCCUCUUUCCACCAGGUAGUGUCCAGAGAGAGCCUGGCAGCCAUGCAGCAGGAACACUAUACCUGACCUCUAACCUCUGACCCCUCUCUCCACCAGGUAGUGUCCAGAGAGAGCCUGGCAGCCAUGCAGCAGGAACACACUAUACCUGACCUCUAACCUCUGACCCCUCUUUCCACCAGGUAGUGUCCAGAGAGAGCCUGGCAGCCAUGCAGCAGGAACACUAUACCUGACCUCUAACCUCUGACCCCUCUCUCCACCAGGUAGUGUCCAGAGAGAGCCUGGCAGCCAUGCAGCAGGAACACUAUACCUGACCUCUAACCUCUGACCCCUCUCUCCACCAGGUAGUGUCCAGAGAGAGCCUGGCAGCCAUGCAGCAGGAACACUAUACCUGACCUCUGACCCCUCUCUCCACCAGGUAGUGUCCAGAGAGAGCCUGGCAGCCAUGCAGCAGGAACACUAUACCUGACCUCUAACCUCUGACCCCUCUCUCCACCAGGUAGUGUCCAGAGAGAGCCUGGCAGCCAUGCAGCAGGAACACUAUACCUGACCUCUGACCCCUCUCUCCACCAGGUAGUGUCCAGAGAGAGCCUGGCAGCCAUGCAGCAGGAACACUAUACCUGACCUCUAACCUCUGACCC